GGCAGGGGACUGUUGGGGUUUGCUUUGGUCCUUGUGGUCACCAUGCAGCUGACCGUGAAGGCGCUCCAGGGCCGAGAGUGCAGCCUACAGGUGCCGGAGGACGAGCUAGUGUCUACGCUGAAGCACCUGGUCUCGGAUAAGCUGAACGUCCCUGUGCGCCAGCAACGUCUGCUGUUCAAAGGCAAGGCCCUAACAGAUGAUAAACGACUGUCAGAUUACAACAUUGGGCCCAACUCUAAACUCAACCUAGUCGUCAAACCUUUGGAGAAGGUGCUACUGGAAGAAGGGUCUGCCCACAGACUGGUCGACUCCCCACCCCCACCCCUCUGGCAGUUGAUCUCCAAAGUCCUGGCCCCUCACUUCAGUGUAGCAGAUGCCAGCAGGGUCCUGGAACAACUACAGAGGGAUUAUGACAGAUCUCUGAGCCGCCUAACACUGGAUGACAUCGAACGUUUGGCCAGCCGCUUUCUACACCCUGAAGUAACUGAGUCUAUGGAAAAGGGGUUCUCCAAAUAGCAUUUCUGGGAGUGGGGACGGGGGGAAUCCCAGGCUCAAGGUGGGAGUCUGCUAUCACCACCUGCAGUUCUACCUUGUGUUCAGUAAGCAAACUGAAGCCGAAAGUGAAGUGAUAGACAAGCAUGGGCCACAGAUGGAAUAUCCUGGGCCUUCGUGACAAAGCUCUUCUUGGGGGGACCCUAUCUGCUUGGCUCCUCCUGGAAGUUAGUCUCAUCCAUGAGGGAAAGCAGGUGACUCCGCAAGGCAGUGUCACAACUAGGACUCUGCCUUGGUCUCCUCACCCAGAGUUCUCCAACAGCAUGAGAUGGAUGCUUCCUCUGCCACCUGUGUACAGGGGCUUUCAGUUUGCACACCUUCAUUGCUUAAAAAGAAACUCAGGGUGCUGAGGAGGAGAUAGAAAUGUAAGUUGGAUACAGUGUUUCUUCUUUUAACUGAACCAUGCCUGAGUGCUAAAGGUCAUGUAAGUACUAGCUCCUUUGAGCAGGACCCCCAGGAAGCAGUUGAGGCUGGAAGAUAACCACCUGCAGGACACUACUGACCCUCCACCCUUGCCAAGGAAGCCACUCUGAAUGUUGUCGGGGCUACACUGGCCUUUCUUGCCCAAGGGCCUCCUGCAUGGGACAUUGUGGGACAAAUAUUAAGUUCCCAUAAUGGAAUGAUAAACUCAAGUGAGGCCUGAGGGGAUGAGCAGCUGAUAGACCCUGCUCUUCCCUGAGACCUGGGGUACCACAUCAGGGACCUGCUUGUGAGCACAUAUAUGGACUGGCAGCUUAGAUAAUAAGCUUACCAGUGUCCUUGUUCACUUUGAGUCAGGGAACGUAUUUGGAAAAUUAAAUAACACUGAAGGUGCAUGUGAGACUUUUUACCAAGAUGAACUGAAUUAAUAAGCUAGGCUGCUUUUGGUUUCAAAUAAUUGGUUUAGCAACAUAGGAAACUUACUGGCUUACAAAAAUGAAAAACCCAGGAGUACUGGCAGUGGAUGAACAAUUUCACCAAAUAUCCAGCUUUUUUCCUGCCUCCCUCUAAAUUCUCCAGGAUCUGCUUCAUCCUCACCACUACUUCCAAGGAUCAAAGGGUGGCUGCCUGCAGCUUCAUCAAAACCUUUCAUUCGCUGCCAGUGAGGAGCACUUUCUCUCUCCGUAGCAUAGCUUCUGUCUCAGAUGCCCCAGCAAAUAAAUGUUCUCUUAUUGGUCAAAAAAAUUAUUUCAAAGAUUCUCCAUAUAUCUGCAUCCAAAACCAGGAUAUAGUUGCAAACAUUCAUGAAAAAAUUGUAUCGUUAAACUGGUCUCAGUGGAUUGUUUUUCACACUGUGUCAUGUCUCAGCAUUCAUGCACCAUUUUCUAAUACAACUCUUAUAAUCCCUUAGUGAAUUGAAAGACAACUCAUAUUUCCAAGAUAUGCUGUUCUUGUGGAUUAUAAGUCUUCCCCCUAGUUUUUAAUUCUAACACAUCCAUAACAAAGCAUGUAAUAUAUAAAUCAGAUAACUGUAAAUCUGACUUUGGCUAUGCUAAUGGUUUAUUUUUGUCCUGUUUGUCUUACUAUUCAAGGUUAAUA